AUGGAUCCGCACCAACCACCCAACCGCCCGGCAAACCGGAUCAGCCUGGUGGAUCUGGCCACGGAGAUCGCGGUGCGCAAGCGGUCGCCCCUCCAGCUGCCGCCGGCGCUGGGCCACGUGUCGUUCACGCUGGUGGCGCAGCUGGUGGGGGUGUCGGCGCGCUUCCUGCAGCCAGGCGCGGCGGGGCGGCUGGGGCUGGAGGAGGCCCUGAUGGCGGCGGUGCCUGUGGAGCGCAGUGGGCCGCUGUCGGACCACGGCCUGCUGCAGCGCUACCUCAUGACGCCGCAGACCGCAGGGGACGCCUUCUACCAGGCCGCGUGCGAGUUCUACCUCGGGCUGUAUGCGGGCCUGGCUGGCCUGGUGCUGGACCCAAUAGAGGGCUUCAGGCUGCCUGGCGCGCUGGGCGUGGUGGGCGCGCUGGCCGGCCUGAUCAAGGGCCUGGGCGGCCUUGCGGCGCGGCCCGUGGUCGGCCUCGUGGACGGCAGCUCAAAGGGCCUCCAAGGCAUCGGCCUGCUCUUCCUCGGGAAGCGCGGCAUCCAAGGCAAGCUCGUCCGCCGCGUCCGCCCGCCCGGCGCCGCCGCCGACGACCCGCUGUCGCGCGCGCUGCGCGCGCGCGCGGACGGCGCGGGCGGGCGUGAGGCGGCGGCGCGGGCGGCGCUGGUGGCGAGCUGGGCGGCGGCGAUCGGGCUGCUGGCGCCGGCGCUGGCGGGGGAGGGGGUGGUGGACGUGCUGGCGGCGCGGCACAACCGCGUUGUUGUGCUGACAUCAGCGCACGUGGUCUACCUCAAAGCGGAGCCGGCGCGCCCCGCAACACCCUCCGCCGCGGCGGCGGCGCAGCAGCAACAGCAGCAGCAGGGCGCCGCUGCGGGCGGCGGCGGCGGCGGCACCACGGCGGGAAGCAUGGUGUAUCAGCUGCGGUGCCCCGCGUGA